CCCCAUCCCUCCCUCUCUCUGUCCUUCCCUCUCGCUCCUAACAAUCUCUAGUGAGCAUGAGAAGACACAACUGAGUGGACAUUCACACCGGACUUCGGGACACUGAUGACCUGCCGACUCUGCAACUGAGAUUUCUACACAUUUCUACACACAUACAGCUCUACUCAGCACUAUGACCAGGAAGGUGUUCACCAACACGAGGGAGCGCUGGCGCCAACACAAUGUCAACACUGCAUUCGCAGAGCUCCGCAAGCUCAUUCCCACCCAUCCUCCGGAGAAGAAGCUGAGCAAGAACGAGAUCUUGCGUCUGGCCAUGCGCUACAUCAACUUCCUGGUGCAGCUGCUGGAGAGCCAGAGCGGCCAGCCAGCCGGCCGCUCCCCCGCUGCUCUGCUCACCUUCCUCAGAGGAAACAUGGAGCAGCUGCACUCCCCUCCACACCGCUGGGCCAGCGACACUGAAGCUCUAUCACCUGGAUCCAGCUGCGACAGCCCCGAGGCCUGGUAG